UGUGCGCGGCGGGAAGCGGAACUCAGACGUGCUGGUCUCGGCUUCUGGCCGGGUGGGGUUCGCGGUGCACAACGACUUCUACCCGGGCGGCAUGGAGGAGCGCAGCGAUUCCGAGCCUACCCCAGGCUCUAGCGGGCCUGGCCCCGGUCCGGUUCGCGAUGGCGGCGCCGCCCACAAGUGGGCUCCCGAGGACGCCUGGAUGGGCACACACCCUAAGUACUUAGAAAUGAUGGAGUUAGAUAUAGGAGAUGCCACCCAAGUUUAUAUAGCAUUCUUGGUUUACCUGGAUCUCAUGGAGAGUAAGAGUUGGCAUGAAGUAAACUGUGUAGGAAUACCAGAGCUACAACUCAUCUGCCUCCUAGGCACUGAGAUCGAAGGGGAAGGGCUGCAGACGGUGGUGCCUACACCCAUUUCUGCUUCCCUCAGCCAUAACAGAAUAAGGGAAAUCCUGAAGGCGUCUAGAAAAUUGCAAGGUGAUCCGGAACUGCCGAUGUCUUUUACUUUGGCCAUAGUGGAGUCAGAUUCCACAAUAGUCUAUUAUAAACUUACCGAUGGAUUUAUGCUGCCAGACCCUCAGAAUAUUUCUCUUAGACGAUGACACCUGCCUUCCUGGUGCUGAUUUCAUUCCUGAAGGAUUGGCUGUGAGGCUCGUCAGCAUGCUUCGUCUUUCUCUCCAAGGCAGUCAGGGCUGACUUAGCUAGGCCCAACCCAUAACCUUCCUUUCAGAAUAAAACCUUCUCGGAUGGAAGCACUAUAUUGCUUGCAAAUAUAGUUAGCCUAGAACUUUCUUAUCAGAGACAGUACAGUUAUAUGCAGGUUUACAUCAAGGAUACAUUCAGCAUGGUGGAGCCUGGCUGUGCCUUUGCCAUCCCACACGUGUAGUCGAUAGACAGGUAUCUAUGAAUUAACGGUGCAGAGAAAACACUACAGCAAGAAAAUGGACAGAGCAUUAACAUACGUGGUCAUGGAUGUUAAUAACAUGCCAGGCCAUGAAAGUAGACAAUCAGAUUUUGUGGUCCCAGUAGGAUGGCAGGGCAGCAAAUGGAUGCCUUGACCUUCUUCACAUUUCAUUUGUUAUUUGUGUUACUUUUAUAAUAAAACAGUUUAAAUAAAAAAAAUCUUGAAAUCU